GACACCAGCCUGUGCGAUCGACUCCGUCUGUUCACUGUCAAGUUGUGUACCUUGUAAUGAUUUCACAUUCACGAUGCGCAGCUGUGACGAGCAUCGUGAAGGGUUCCGCGCGGAGAGACCUCCGCUGGGCGAUAGCAGAGUCUCAGAAGCCGCGUAUGGAAGAAUGAGGCAGUAACAGCACCUCUCACGAUGCUGUUGUCGCCCACGUGCUCACCUUCCAUAACAGUCCGCUUAGCACACUUGCAGCUAGCGCGCGGCUGCGUUACGAAACCGGUCCGCGAAACCGCCAAGUGCGCUUCAGACACUCUGCUAUUCCUCACACUCUUGGUAUAUAUCCUGCGCAGCGCCUGUACUCGCCGUGGAGGUGCUUCGCGCUCCGCAAAUACGAGUGCUCAAAAUGUCGCGACAGUUCGCCAGCUUACGUUCCAUCUCAAAAUGAUAUUAUCUCGCGAGAAGUCGCAGACAAACGUAGUCAAGGAACGCAGGUCAGAACAAGCUCAUGUUCAGCCAAGCUGACAAUCGCUGCCUGACACGUCCGUCGCGCUCGCCCAAGAAAUGGGAAGCCUGGGACA